GAGCCACACUCUGAGAACAGUCUCCCUGUCCAGUUCAGGAACAGGAUGGAGCCCAGACACUCAUGAGACCUUCUCCAUGGGGACCUGAGAGCAUCUAUCAUGAGCCUGAAAGCCAGAGCUGGCUCCCCAUGGAUGCCACGGGUCUCCAACUGGAUAGCAGGAACCUGUGGGAUCAGCUUGUGGAGCUGCUCUGCAAAAACCCAGAAUGGCUGAGUACCAAAGUGAAGUUCUUCCUCCCCAACAUGGACUUGGGGUCCAGGAGCGAAGCCCUAGAUCCUAUGCAGUACAUCAUUCUACAGCUCCAACAUCUGUGGGAACAAGGCUUGGCCGCCUGGCAGUCACUCAUUCACUGUGUGUGCAUGGAGCUGGAGGUGCCACUGGACCUGGAGGUGCUGCUGCUGAGUACUUGGGGCAACAAUGAAGGUACCUCCAGCCUACUGGAAGCUGAUAAGGAGAAACAGUCUGGUUUGCAGCACUACCAUGGCUUCUGCCUGUCCUACUGCAUCUUCCCAGGGGUCUCCCCUGGUGCCCCAGGAGGGUAUGAGACCCCACUCCUGGGCCAAAUCUAG